GCUGCUCAUUCACCCCGAAUCACAGCGGCGCGCUCCGCCCUGCCUGCGCUCCCAGCCGCCCUACGUCACCACUCCGUGCGGAGAACGUAGCACGCAGGCCGAUGGGAAGAGGAGGUGUUUGUGUUGGUUCUUGUGGUCAAAUUUGAACGUGAAAUCUGAUAAAUGGAACGCGGUUCAAAGAGAAGACAAGUGAAGCCUUUGGCAGCUUCUCUGCUGGAUGCUUUAGAUUAUGAUAGCUCGGACGACAGUGAUUUUGAAGUUGGUGAUGCUUCAGGGUCCGAAGGAAGUGCGAAUGGGAGUGACGAGGAUGGAUCGAAGGAGAGCGCCGCCGGGUCGGAAAGCGACUCCGAAGCUAACGCUUCCGAGGACGAAGAGCCAGCUGGCGCGGACGAAGCUGGAGAGCCGGUUUCCGAAGAAAGCCCCAACGAAGAAAAACCGAAGGGACAGUCUGUCGAAGCUGGAGAGAAAGACGAGGAGGGGGCCACCAGCGACGAAAAGCAAGCCGAGGGAAGCCCCGAGAUGGACCCUGGCGCCAGCGCCAACCCUGGAGCCAGCGGGAGCGCGGAAGAGUCGGCCUCGGAGCCCAAGAAGUGGAAUUUGCGUCGCAAUCGCCCCAUGCUGGACUUCACCACCAUGGAGGACCUGAACGAGAUGGACGACUACGACAGCGAAGACGACAAUGACUGGCGGCCCACAGCCGGCAAGAGAAAGGGCAGAUCCACAGCGCAGAAAGGGGGCAGCGAAGAGGAAGACGAUGGCAGCGGGAGUGACGAAGACGAGGAUAACGAAGAUGAGAACGAAGACGACAGCAGCAGUGGAAGCGAAGAUGAAAAUCCUAAGAAAACCAAAGGCCCCAAAACCCACAGUGCUGAUGAUGAAGAGCUGACCAACGACAGCUUGAGCUUGUCACAUGGAAAAAACACAGAGGAUUCCUUGCUGCUUGACAAAAGCCAGAACUGGAGCUCACAGAAGAUGGAUCAUAUUCUGAUCUGCUGCGUUUGUUUAGGUGAUAACAGUGAAGACGCUGAUGAAAUUAUACAGUGUGACAACUGUGGAGUGACAGUGCAUGAAGGUUGCUACGGUGUUGAUGGAGAGAGCGAUUCCAUCAUGAGCUCGGCAUCUGAAAACUCUACUGAGCCUUGGUUUUGCGAUGCCUGCAAAAACGGCGUUUCCCCUAGCUGUGAGCUGUGUCCCAAUCAAGAUGGGAUUUUCAAAGAGACUGAUGCUGGAAGGUGGGUCCAUGUUGUGUGUGCCCUCUAUGUCCCGGGUGUAGCGUUUGGAGACAUUGAUAAACUGCGUCCAGUGACCCUUACUGAAAUGAACUACUCAAAGUAUGGCGCAAAGGAAUGCAGCUUUUGUGAAGACCCCCGCUUUGCCCGAACGGGGGUCUGUAUUAGCUGCGACGCGGGAAUGUGCAGAUCCUACUUCCACGUGACGUGCGCGCAGAGGGAAGGCCUUCUCUCAGAGGCUGCUGCCGAGGAGGACAUAGCAGACCCGUUUUUUGCUUACUGCAAGCAGCAUGCAGACAGGUUUGACAGAAAGUGGAAAAGGAAGAACUACUUGGCUUUGCAGUCGUACUGCAAAAUGUCUUUGCAAGAGAGAGAGAAACAACUUGCACCCGAAGCGCAGGCCCGGAUUUCCGCCAGGCUCCAGCAGUACCGCGCCAAAGCCGAGCUGGCCCGCAGCACUCGGCCGCAGGCCUGGGUCCCCCGCGAGAAGCUGCCCCGGCCGCUCACCAGCAGCGCCUCGGCGAUCCGCAAGCUCAUGCGCAAGGCGGAGCUGAUGGGGAUCAGCACGGACAUUUUCCCCGUGGACACCUCCGACACCAGCUCCAGCGUGGACGGCAGGAGGAAGCACAAGCAGCCGGCCCUCACGGCUGACUUUGUGAAUUACUACCUUGAGAGGAAUAUGCGGAUGAUACAAAUCCAGGACAACAUUGCGGAGCAGAAGAACCUGAAAGACAAACUGGAAAAUGAACAGGAGAAGCUCCACAUAGAAUAUAACAAGUUGUGUGAGUCUUUGGAAGACCUGCAGAAUGUCAAUGGCAAUCUGAGAAAUGAAGGGCAGGCGAUGUGGUCUGUACUGAGUGGCAUACUUGGGCAGAAAUUGAACGUUCCAGUCAUUUUACGAGCUCCCAAGGAAAGAAAGCCUAGCAAAAAGGAAGGUGGAACUCAAAAGUCCUCAGUCCUCCCUGCAGUUCUUUACAGUUGUGGGAUAUGUAAGAAAAACCAGGACCAGCACCUGCUCCUGCUCUGUGAUACUUGCAAGCUAUAUUACCACCUGGGCUGCUUAGACCCGCCACUCACCAGGAUGCCAAAGAAGACCAAAAACAGCUACUGGCAGUGCUCUGAAUGUGACCAGGCAAGCACGGACAUGGAAGCAGACAUUGCCAUGGAAACCUUACCAGAUGGGACCAAAAGGUCAAGGAGGCAGAUCAAGGAGCCGAUAAAAUUUGUUCCCCAGGAUGUGUCGCCAGAACCCAAAAAAGUUCAAGUGAGAAACACGAGAACCAGAGGCCAAAAGAGAAAACGAGUCUCGAUUUCUGAAGAAGAAAAAGCAGAGGAUCCUCCUCUGAGGGAGAGAAGACAGCGCCAGUCAGUAAUGCAGAAGAAGCCCAAAGCAGAUGACAUGAGAACAGAGUGCACCACUUGCAAGGGCCCAGGAGACAAUGAAAAUUUAGUCAGAUGUGAUGAAUGUCGGCUGUGCUAUCACUUUGGCUGCUUGGACCCUCCUCUGAAGAAGUCCCCGAAGCAGACAGGCUAUGGCUGGAUCUGCCAAGAAUGUGACACCUCGUCUUCUAAGGAAGAUGAAGAUGAACACGAGGAAGAGGAUUCAGUUAAAGAAGAGACUGCAGAGCAAGAGAAUGCAAACUGAACAAAAAUUACUAUCGAGAAAAAUUAGCAAACGGCAGCCAUUACUCACUUGUGCCCUGACGUUAGUGGCUUCAUCUCUUCCAUGUGAAUGCCAUUGUGCCUCUUCACUGUUGGCAUCAGCUAUAUUUUACUUGCACAAGUACAGAUGGUCCAUUUUAUACACUGGCAGAAUGGAUUGUCUUGUACCGCAUUUAAUAAAUCUUAUUUCUUUUUUUAAAUUCUGUGAUCAUAAAGGUUACAAAUGUUAUGAUUUGUCAUUUUCAGUGCGUAGUGUGCUUUUUGACCUUGACGUAGCUCAGCUAAGAACCGGUAUUUAAAUACAGUACACGGUUAAUGUCAAAUAGAUAAUAAAUUCUCAGAGCUGUAGACUUGUCUGGUGAAUUUAAUUGUUCCUAUAACCAAACCUUUUCUGACAGCCGACUGCCUUAAAAUAAAUAAAAUUGGUAGGGUUCCUUCAAAAUUGUUUUGAAAAGUGAGAUGCAGUUCUUUAUGCUCAUGUAAUAAUAUACAGUAUUUGUGAAGUGAAGAGAGGUUAACAUAUUGUUUUAUUAUCCAUUUAACUGGUAUACACCCAGCAUACCAUGAUAGGGAGUCAUUGACACAUGACUGCUCACCUGGUGGAAAGCUUUUUUCACUCUUCCAGAUCCUGGGUAGACGAGUCUGACAUUGAUGGAGGCAUAGUUAUGAAAUUGGGGAAUUCGCUGUAUUGGAUUGAACAGCAACAUAGAAAAUAAUUCUUGUUGAGCACAUCCGUCACAGGAGGGUAGGUUUUAAGCGCCAAGGUUUUAAAUCAGCAUAUGUUAACGGAAAAAAAUAGGAGAACUGAAUGACCUGUGUUCACCAUUACAUUGAAUUGGGUACAGUAGAGGUGAUUUUCAUUUAAUUGAAAGGUAAUACCUGGUUAUAUACUUUAUCUUUUGCAUUGAAAUGCGUUUGUCUUCCUCCUCACAAAACGUGAUCUAAAAUUUAGGUGGCCAACCAAACAUGCCAAUAAGUAAUAAUUGUUUUAAUUUAAACUUUUUUUUUACCUUUGGUAUCAAGCAAUGGAAACCCUCAGCUUUCUUCAUUGCAGCUGUAUAUUUUUUUACACUCUUAGAAUUGUGAUGCAUUUCCUGCUCCGCAGAGCUUUAGGAAUAUUGUUCUUCCUACACAGAUGCCAUUCUGCAUUGGAGUGAUAUUUUGGUAGGUGCUAGUACAAAAUACAUUUUAUUGCUUUUCUCUGCUUAUUCUAGCCUUAGAAAAAAGCUCUGCGUUCAAAGUCAUUAUUGUGCCUGUGGUAUUCGAUGUUUGCCUACAAACGUAAGAUACCCUGGAAGAAGAUGCUGUGCCGUGGUGUUAUUAAUAAGACCCUUUGAUAAAGCCUCUGUGACAUUUUCAUUUACCAGAUGCAGUUUCGCAAAUGCAUUUAGCAGUUCCACCUUUAUCAGUGUUUUGUGUAAUGAAUGAGUUACAGUGUGUAAACAAAGUGGGUUAUAAAACCUCCUUAAAAGUAACCUGGCCGUUGAUUUUGCUUUAUUAUAAUCAACUCAAGGAGGUUGUGCUCAAACAGCAGUUAUAUGGAAAUUUACUCAUCAAGGGUGUAAUUCCAAUUUGUUUCAAAGGAACCAUUAAUUUGCCCAUUUGAAACCCAGGCAGGAGAAACCCUUUAAAACCACUGAACCAUGAAAGCCAUUUCCUUAAGGGUUUUAAUUUUUGGAACAGACACAUGGAAUUUAUGUGCUUUGAUGAGAUAUUCUUUGCCUGCAGUCAGAACAAGAGCACCAUCAUUGGUUUCCCAGCAUGACACCCAUGCUUCCUUGUCUGUGCUAGAUAUCAUUAGGCCUAUAAUAACACAGCUAUCCUUGCAUUAAUGCUGGAGAGCCCCAGUUCUGAUGCUUGUGUUCCUAGUCUUUGGUUUACACCUAUAGCAUACUAAAUAGCCCUAAACAAUUUAAGAGUGGGGGUGGAAUCGCUGUUCUUUGGACAGUGAUGUAGGAAAGGUUUAGUAUUUUGGCCAUGAUUGUUUUUAGGAAUCAGAUAAUGAACCCUGGUGCUACAAUGACAGGACUCAUUCAAGAGCAGACUCUUAUUACAUGUGUGUAGUUCUGGCUAAUAUUACAAGCUGUUAGGGAAAUGUCAUUUUACAUUAAACAUGGAACUUGCUUUUGGGACACUGUGUUGUGUGACUUAACCAGACAUUUAGGAUGCCAACAAUUUAAAGCAGGAAUGUUGCGGAUUGUGGUGGGGGGAACAGUCAUGCAGUGAUUUUUAUUUGAAUAUAUUAAAAGCUGAUUAUACAUAGCUCAGGCAAAAGCAUAAUAAUAUACACACCCAUAUUUUUUUUUGCUUAGCAUAUUUUUGUUUAUAAAAUACCCGACGCCAGUUCUGGUUUUAAUCUAUUUUUAUUAUAUUAUCCAAGAGGCUGUAUAAUCGGUUUGUGAACUAUUGUGAAAUAAAGCUGUUUUUAACUGACCCAUUUACAGUCAAUAGUCUUCUACUUUUGAAAAUGUUGAAUUAAAAUUCCCCAAACUCCUA